UUGAAAAGCCCACACAAAAUGUGGAAGUGGAUAAUUAAUAUUAUAUUAUUAUCAGUGGUGCAAGCCAGCAAAGAAGUGGAUGGAAAAAUAUCUCCAAGAACAACUUUUCAAAAAAUACUUCAGCCAUAUCUGUGUAAUCCCCCACAUCCAAUAAGCCAAUAUUCCCAAAAGUAUCCAAGCCCAGGAUACCUUUGUUAUCCCCAAAAUGAAAUUAAUAAAUACCUAUGGUACCCACCGUGGAGCCAAUGGGUAGUACAAGGAUAUCCAACAGGAAAUGGAUUAUACGCACAACUUCCGACGGGAUCUCAGAUUUUACCGUUCCAGCAACCCAACUAUCAAAUUCCUCUUGUUCAACUUCCCGCUCAACCCGCACCACCAAGCUUAAGCCCAUCUUCUUCUUCGAUUCCUUCCCACCAAUUUCCAGGAUUAAUCGCACCACCAUCUUUCGCUCAACCUCCAGGAUUAAUAGGACCAACAGUCUCUAGUCCAUCGAGAAUUCCAAAUCUUCCCGGGACACACGCCUCUCCAGGUUGGAGUUCUCCUGGAUCUUCGUUUCCUUCCGACCAACUUCCAGGAUUACAACUGCAACCAGGCUCAAGUCCUGGUCCUCAAGUCCUCCAACCUCAAGGUUGGAGUCCACCUGGAACUUCGGGUUCUUCCUCCCUAACGCCGGGACUACAAGGACAACCAGGCUUAAGCCCAAUAGGAUCUCCUAAUCUUUCCGACCAAUCUUGGAGUUCACCAGGAUCAUCUUUUCCUCCCUCUCCCCAGCUAGGACCUGCGGAAACACCAAAUUGGAAUCAAUUGGGGUCUGCCAAUCGUCCCGUCUAUCCUCCGGCAUUGCCCGUACCACCAGUUUGGAGUUCACGUAGAUCUUCGAUUCCUUCUGCCCCACUUCCAGCAUUACAAGACCCAUCACUGGGAUCUCUUGGACCCUCCCCCCUACCUCCAGGGUUACCAGCGCCACCUAGCUGGAGUUCAAUGGAAUCUUCAAAUCCUUCUGUCCAACCUACAGAAUUAAUGGCUCCACCAAGUUUGAGUCCAUCUGGAUCUUCGAAUUCUGCCCUUCAGCCCUUGCCCACAAAACCAAAUUGGAGUUUAUCGGGAUCCCCGAAUUCGCCCCCUUAGCCUCCAGGAUUGCCCGCACCACCAAGUGGGAGUAUACCUGUUAUUCCCCCAAAUCAGGGUGAUCUCCCGGAUCACUGCCAUGGGUGAAUAAAAAUCUAAAGGUAUAAAACAACAGUGCCAACAAUGAAAAACAGCAAUUGGGCUAAGUAACCAAAUAGCAACAAUCAAUAAGCUGUAU